GCAUAAGUAAACAGUAAAGGUUUGGAAAUGGAGGAGAGUUCUGUAAAGACGCACCGACUGGCGGACACUACAUUCAGAAACAACGAAGAGUUGUCUGCUGAUCUGCACAGACUUGCAACUGCAGCCAAGACUUACUACAAGGCCAUGCAAGGCGAGGGAUUUUGCUACUAAAGCAAUGUACAAGCGUUCUGUCUCCCCUCUUUGUAUAUUUCAGGACUAGAGCAGGCCUCGCGGCAGUUUCACGGAGUCUUGGGUUCCAUCGCUAGCAAGGCAGCCAAUCUUCCGGGCGGUGUCAGAAAGCUCGGAGACGCUGCAGAAGAUCUGGUGAUAGGUUACAACCACGUACAGAACCAGUUCAGGGGCCUUAUGCACUCAAUGAACACUGACUUCAUUGUACCCCUGGAGACAAAGUUGGAUGCUGAAGAGAAAACCCUAAUGGAUAUGCACAAGACCUACAGACAGGAGAAUGGGAAGAGAGAAUCGUCACUGAGUAAAACAAGAGACCAAAUCCGGUCCCUGAAAAAGAAGACCAACGCUCAACAUGAGAAACUAGCCCAGCUGAAACAGAUUGAGAGUGACCAAACGGAAUGUCUGCACCAGACACGAGUGGAGGGACUCAGAAAGGCACUUCUGGAGGAGAGGAGGAUGUAUUGCUUUGUGCUUGACCAUCUCACCAGUGUCAUCAGAAAUGAAGUUGCUUACAACGCUACAUCUCAUGAGGAGUUGUCGGCAAGACUGAAUGGGUUGAGGACACUCACUUCCACCCCAAAUGAGUUACCUGAGGAGAGUGCUGCUCUGCUUAUAGAUCCCCGCUCUCCACGUGCCUUCCCUCCCUCUUCCCAUGAUGAUGUGCCAGAUAUUGGUGAAGAUAAAGCACCUAUGGAAGUAGAGUCCACGAUGGUGAAGUAAGUACAAGUGUCUAAAACCUACAAAGCUGUUCGCUUUACACAUGUGUUGCUUUGACUCCAUUUCCUAUCCAAAACUGCAGGGUCAAAGCUAUUCAUCCUCACAAACCUACGGAUUCAAGCCAGCUUGAGCUCAAGAUGGGCGACUUGAUAGAGGCUGAUGAGAACAGCCAACAAAAUGGCUGGCUGCUUGGGAAAAACUUUCGCACGGGAGUGACCGGGUGGUUCCCAGUGCAGUUUGUGACUGGCAUGAUAGGACCAGCUUCCACCACUGAUGAAAGGGCAGGAGAGGGUGUGGUUCCAGGGAGUUCACAACAGCAGCAGACGGGACAGCUACCACCCAGGGACUACAUGCCCUACGCUGCACGACCACAGCCUAUGAUGUCACCACCACAGCUCCCAGAGAAAGACUACUAGAUGUAUAUAGUGUAGACGAACACUAGUUCUUUUUAUAGACCACACCACAGGCUAGGGUUACACACUGCUGACAAAAAGACCACAGUGAGUAAAUAGCACCAUCUUGCAUUAAUAGACCACAUUAAGCUGAGCACCUGUGUGUAAAAUAGGAUUGAUACUAUAUGAAGUUGGACACUGCGUAUACUAUAAAGGG